AUGUCGGUUGAGGAGUCGUCGGUGCUUCAGCACGUUCCGAAUGAGUCGCACUACACUUUUGGUGGUAGCAGCGUCGCGCCAAGGCCGACUAUUACUCGCUCGUCAACGAUGCGCACCUGUCCCGACAAGCUGCCGUUUGACCCGCAUGGCGGCAUUCAAACGGUGAACAUCGCGAACAGCACGAACAAUCGACAAGCGUUCAAGGUGAAAUGCUCUGACAAUAUGCUCUACCGCGUCUCGCCGGUGUUUGGAUUCGUCGAACCCGGCGAAACGUUCAAAAUCGACGUGCUUCGUCAGAACGGCGAAAAGAAAACGGACAACUUGCUCAUUCUCACGUCGCAGGCGGCGCAAGAGGAAAACGACGCGAAGAAGGUGUUCGAACGCCCACAAGACCGCGAAAUGGUCGUUGUGCCGCUGAUCGCGUGCUAG